UACCAACCUGCCACGUCACUUUCAUCGUCCUUAGACUCCUAACUGGGUUCCUUCGUCAAAGUUGCUCUCGAGUCCCUUCCUUCACCAUCCGCUCAGAGCCGCCGAGAGAGGGCAUGGCGCUAGGGCUUUUGAUAGGGCUAAUGUGCAUAUGCAAUUCGCUCCUCGUAUUCCGAGUGAGUGGUUCAAUCCACGAUUACAGAUACGAAGCGUUUACUCCUCAGUCAAACGCCUUCUUCUUCCAUGGCGGCAGUGAGGGCCUUUACGCUUCUAAGGUUCACAGUAACUCCUCCUCCCCUUCCCAAGACAGCAAGCCCCUCAAGGGAAAGUCCUUCAUCAGGUCUGAAACUGUCACUUUUGUGAGGCCAAAAGAGUCUGCUAGUGCGGAAAAUGAGAUGCAGCAGAACACUGGGUUGGUGGAAGCCAUCAUACUUGAGGUAAAAGAUAGGGAAAGGAUCGGAGGUUCUUUCCUAAAGUCCAGUGCGAUAUGCUGCAACCCUAGUCUUGCGGAAACUGGAGUCUGCAAGGUGGGAGAGGUUAUUAUACAAACGAACCAGGAUAAUCCUGAGUGGCCUAGACGCUUUCAAACCUUCUUUCGAGGAACAGGGGUAGAAGCUAAAAUGGAUUUUCAAGUUGAAAUAAGUAGUACCGGAAUGUACUACCUUUAUUUUAUGUUUUGUAAUCCACGUCUCAAGGGUACAUUAAUCAAUGGAAGGACUGUGUGGAGGAACCCAGAUGGUUAUUUACCUGGGAAGAUGGCUCCUUUGAUGACAUUCUAUGGUUUCAUGUCUUUAGCUUACAUUGCACUUGGCCUAAUCUGGUUUCUAAGGUUUGUUCAGUUCUGGAAGGAUAUUAUACAGUUGCACUACCACAUUACAGCUGUAAUUGCUCUAGGCAUGUGUGAAAUGGCUGUCUGGUACUUUGAAUAUGUUAAUUUCAAUUCAACUGGAAGCCGACCAAUGGGCAUUACUUUGUGGGCUGUAACUUUUAGCUCUGUGAAGAAGACUCUAUCUCGCCUUCUUCUUUUGGUGGUAUCAAUGGGCUAUGGUGUCGUGAAGCCAACACUUGGUGGUAUAACAUCUAAAGUACUUAGUCUUGGUGCAAUAUAUUUUGUUGCUACUGAGGCACUUGAGCUAGUUGAACAUUUGGGAAACAUUAAUGAUUUUUCUGGAAAAACAAAGUUAUUUUUGGUCCUACCUGUUGCCUUCCUGGAUUCCUGCUUUAUUCUGUGGAUUUUCUCAUCAUUAUCAAGAACUUUAGAGAAACUUCAGAUGAGGAAAAACUUGGCUAAACUGGAGCUGUACCGGAAAUUUACCAAUUCUCUUGCAGUGUCUGUGCUGCUUUCUAUUGCUUGGAUUGGCUUUGAGCUAUACUUCAAUGCAACUGACCCAUUGAGUGAGCUGUGGCAAAUUGCGUGGAUCAUUCCAGUGUUCUGGACUCUACUUGCAUACUCUCUCUUGGUGGUAAUAUGUGUCCUUUGGGCUCCUUCACGUAACCCAACUAGAUAUGCAUACUUCGAGGAGACAGGAGACGACUUUGAUGAGGAGGGUAUAUCUUUGACAAGCGGUGGGAUGAAGGCUAGUGGGGAUAUGGCGGUUAAGCUGGAAAAGAAGGAAAGGAAGGGGUCCAGUGCGACAGACCUUGUCUAUGGGCUUGGGGAAGAUGUUGAAGAAGAUAAACGAGAGUAGUUUUCUACUGCCCCUGUGUAAUGGUCUUCUGUUGCUUAUCUAGGAGAGUACUGUAAAUCUGGAUGUACAAUCUGCUCUGUACCUAGAAAGGGCUUGUAAAAGGGAAAGAAUGCAAUACUAGUGAAUUCUUAAGAGUCGUAUAACUAUAACGAUCUGACCAUCAUCAAUUUAAGGAACCAUACAAAAGAGAAUUUUAGUCA